AUGUCCGCAGUGGAAGCAGCGACAGUGGUGCUGCUGCGGCGCAUUCCAGGCGGCGCGGGACGGACGAGCAUCGACCUUGCCACGCUGCCAGCCACGUCCGGCUCCGGCUUCAGCAUGCGGCAGCUGGGUGGCCACGACGGCAAGAUCUGGUUCGCUGCUGGCUGGCAGGUGCUGCUCGGGCAGAGCGAGGUGCAGAACUGGGUGCGCAGCGGGCCGGAUCAGCCGGCAGUCAUGCGGUAUGGCGGUGAAUGGAAGUUUCCGGGCGGCCGACGUGAGCCGGACGAGUCGCUGACGGAGGCGGCGUGGCGCGAGCUGAGCGAGGAGUUUUGCGUGACGCCUCGCAAUGGCGGCGUGCUGCACCGGCUCAACCGGCUGCGGACCAAGCCGGUGCGUGGCGUCUCCUUCGACAUGCACAACUUUGUCGCCCUCGCCAUCGAGAAUGACUGGCUGGCCGAGCUGCAUCCCGACUCCAUCAACGCGGCACUCGCAGCGCGGCGCGAGCGGUUUCUCACGCUACUGAAGGCGGGUGACUUCUGGCCGCUGGGCAAGGCCGAGCGCGAGCGCGUGGCGCCGGAGGUGCGGCGCGUGGCGUGGCUGGGGCUGCAGGAGGCGGCCGCGUGCAUGCUGUCGUCGAAGGCGGAGGAGCUCGUGCCCGUCGACAGCUGGCAGGCCGCGGAGUACGCGCGGCUUGGCGUGACGCGCCGUGACCCGAUGUUCCAGACCUUGGCGACGCUGCUCGAGAUCGGCCGCUUCGAGAGCGAAACAGAGCUGCGCGCGCAUUGCUGCGCGCGCAGCAACUUGUACUUGUGA